CAAAUUCGAUUUCCCCAAUAGAAAAACAGUUGGGUAAGCUGGGCUGCAGGCUGCAGCAGGAGGAGGCAGCCAUGUCCGCUACGGGGAAGCCGAUCCUCUACAGCAAAUGGUUCAGCUCCUGCUCACAACGGGUCCGGAUCGCCCUCAACCUCAAAGGUGUGGAUUUUGAGUACAGGGCGACCAACCCCAUGACAGAUCCAGAUUAUGAGAAAAUCAAUCCUGUCAAGUUUGUCCCAGCAUUAGUAGAUGGGGAUUUGGUUGUUUCUGACUCUUUUGCAAUCAUAUUGUAUAUGGAAGACAAGUAUCCUCAGCAUCCUCUCUUAUCCCAAGAUCUAAAAAACAAAGCUCUUAAUUUGCAGAUUGCAAGCAUAGUGUGUUCAAGCAUCCAGCCUCUACAGAGCCACGCCGUCAUCGGUUCAUUUCUUGGCACAAUGGACGCUGACGAGAGCCUCCAGAUGGUUCAGCAGUAUAUUGACAAAGGCUUCAGAGCGAUUGAAAAACUAUUGGUAGGAUGUGACAGUAAAUAUGCCACCGGAGAUGAAGUCCAAAUGGGAGAUGUGUUUAUAGCACCCCAGAUCCACGCUGGUGUGACACGCUUCCAGAUCGAUAUGUCAAAGUACCCUAUCUUGGCAAGGCUUCAAGCAGCUUACAAUGAGCAUCCUGCAUUUCAAGCCGCACUUCCCAAAAAUCAACCAGAUGCACCUCCAUCAUAGUAAUCAGGACAUCGAUCGAGCUACGUACGACCGAUUGAGAAAUAAUUCUAGUAACAGCUUGCAAGUGUUUUCAGUGUAUGUCAAGAUUCUACGCUGUACUAGCAGUACACCGCAUGUAACUUCAGAAUUGGGUGCCCAGUGUAAGCAAAGUAGUAUGGAGGACUGCCCAUGGAUGAGCUUGACGCGUUGCUGUAAAAGUAAAUAAAUGCAAUUUCGUUUUUUGAACUUAAUAAAUGUAAUUAACAAUACGUGUGUAAAA